UACACACAAUUCGUACCGCCUCUGUAUCAUCUUCGAGACAAAUCUAGAGAGAAACAAGUCUAGAGCAGCAAAGAUGGGAGUAUUCACAUUUGUUUGCAAAGGGUCAGGAGAUGAGUGGAGUGCUAAGCAGCUGAAGGGUGAUUUAGAAGCAUCAGCUUCAUGCACAUAUGAUCUACAACGCAAACUUGUUCAGGCUGCACUUGCUACUGACUCUUCUGGUGGUGUUCAGUCUUCUUUCUCUUUUGUCACUCCUUCCUCUGCUGUUUUCCAGGUGAUUGUUGGUGGCAGCGUUGGCGGUGGUUUCGCCAGUGGUGGAGCAGCAGCAGCAGCUCCUUCUGGUGGUGCAGCAGCUGCAGAAGCAGCUCCAGCUGAGGAGAAGAAGGAAGAGAAAGAAGAGAGUGACGAAGAUUUGGGAUUCUCGCUCUUCGACUAGAUUUGGCAUUAUUAUAUGGUAGUACAAUUUUCUGUUGUUGCAUCUUUUAUUAGUGUCACUUUGUUGGCCCUAAAGUUUUGAUAAGCAUUGGAUUAUCAGUUGCUCUUUAGGUAUCUAAUGACAUUGUGUUCUAUGCUUCUGUGAGACACUUUUGCUCUUGUUUGAGUUUUAUUAAAGAAUGCCUGAAAGUCUCUAAAA